AUGCAGGUUUUCCCACUGCCUACACCACCCUCUCGACCUCGCCAGCGAGGCCCACAGGAACGACGAGUCGCUACAUGUGGAGCUGGUUCGGUUGCAGGACCUGACUCGUGUCUUACGGGGGUCCACUCCGAGUACCUCAGUCGCCUCUUACGACACCUGGCACUCGAGGGGAGCACUAUUCUAUUCUGCCGAUGCCCCACGGCAACGGAAAAAGAAAUGGGGUAUGUGAAGGACAAGCCCGAUGAA